AAGAACGUUAGUGUGUUACAAUCUCUGUAUUCGACUUGAACUGGAAACGCAUGGAGAGAAGUCUUACGUAUGGCCGUUGCUGGUUGGUCAGUUCCAAAUUCACUAUCUCCUAACUCUGAAUGUAAUCAGCAAGAACCUACAGGAGGUGGUCUGGAGGAGUUUACCAGUGUACCCCUGGUACAAAGUCACUCCAGGGAUGAGCUGGCGGCAGUUCUAAGCUUAAUUCACAGCUCCGGAGGCGAUAACUAUCCGGUGGAAGAAGAGGAUAAUAUCUGGGACGGCGACUGGCCAGGUUUGCCAGAGUAUUACUGUGGGGGUUUCGAGCAGCCGCCACCACUGGAUGGAGCAGGAGACACUGUGUCCAGAGAACGCCGCCUGCUGGAGGAGGUGCCAGAGGAGGAGGAGGAGGAGGAGGAGGAGGAAGAAGGUGAAGAGAGAGGUAAGAAGUCGGAGGAGGUAAGACGUGGUUCAGGCCUUGUGCGGUGGCAAGGACUAGAUAACCUGGCGAUAAAUGAAUGCGACACAGAAGAAGAAAUUAAUGAUGUUACAUAUGGAUCAGGUGUCGUUCACUGGCUGCUGAAAUGUUUUUGUGUUCGACUCUGAUAGAGGUGCUCCAGUACCUUUCGCAUAGUUUGGUUCCAACCUGGUAAUGGAGUAAGGCAAGCCUCGUUUCAAAUUAUCUGUUUGUACCAUUGUCAGUUUAAUGAAGACUAAGUAGAUUUCCUGUCGGAUAAAGCUAUAAAACAGUCAGAGGAUAACACCUUAUUCAAAUUCUUAACAGGUGAAAUUUCAUUAAAAACAUUUGUUAAACAUUAACGUCAGUAAUCAGUCUUUACCCGCCCGGAUAGCCGAGAGCGCUAAAGCGUCAGCUUCCGGGACACGGGAAGGCGAGCCAGCCUCUGAUUAAAUUACGUAUUAACGACGAGAGCUGGUGAGCCGGCCAGCCUGGAUGUGGUUUUUAGGCGGUUUUCCACAUCCAAGUAGGUAAAUACCGGGCUGGUACCCACGUCCCGCCUCAUUCACAUGCUACACAAACAUUCUGAAAAUGUUUUCGCAUUUGAUCAUGAGCUAUACACUAGACACAGACAGAUGGGGUACACAGACUCUGCUCAGGUUGAGUUGUUACUUCAAGAAGGGCAUCUGGCAGACAAAUUAAUCUCGUUAACGCUGUCAAAUCUGACAUAACAAUGUUGACCCCAUAGCUAACAGAGAAUGGGCAAAAGGAAAAAUUCCUAGGAUAUUUCUUAUAUCAAAUAUGCACCUUAUAGUCAGUAAUACCGUGGGAAACCUUAUCCCACAGAGUAUUUUUCGGUUGCCCAUUUGAACACUUUGAUUGAUUUCGGUUAGUUAAGUGAUAGGUUGCGGUUUAUCAUUAGUGCAUUGGUAAAAACCUAGCCAUAUUCACUAGUAAAAAAAAUUUCCUUAUCAUAAAAUUUUACCACCGUGCUGAAUAUAGAGUCAGUCUGUCCUUUAGUUUAUAAGACAAAAAACAUAUCCAACCCAAGUAUCAUGAACUUUUAGCGGUCCAGUAAGUUCAUUUUGUUGUUGUUGUUGUCUUUAGCCUGAAACCUGGUGUGAUGCAGCUUUCCAUAUUGUUUUGUCCUAUGCAAGAUUCCUCAUCUCCUAAAAAGCUAGGUCAAUUUGAACACCCUUGAUGUAUUCAAAUCUUGGUCCACCUCUACAAUUUUUACG